AUGGGAGCUCCAACUCGCCCCUGUGCCGUCGUCGUGGGCGGCGGGCCCAUUGGUCUGACGGCCGCGCACAUCUUCAGCCAGGCCGGCAUUGACUUUGUCGUCCUGGAGGCCCGGGACACGGUCCUGCCCGAGGUUGGCGCCAGCAUGAACCUCUACCCGGGGACGAUGCGGGUUCUUCACCAGCUGGGGCUCGGCGAGGCGGCCGAGGCUGUGUCGGCGAAGAUUGUGAGGGCUUUUUUUGUGGAUUGGGAUGGGCAGCUGUAUAAGAAGGGUCAUCCGGGCCCUGUGUUUGAUGAGAUACAUGGCUGUCACCCUCUGGCAUUCCACCGCCUCGACGUGCUGCGUGUCCUGUAUGACAAUCUCAAGCCAGCUGACCAGAAACGCGUCUUGACAAACAAGCAGGUGGUCGACAUCCAGACAACGUCAGAGGGUGUCACCGCCCUCUGCGCCGACGGCAGCACAUACGAGGGCACCUUUGUCCUUGGCGUGGACGGCGUAAAUGGUAAGACGCGAGACUUCAUGCGGGCGCUCGCUCUCCAGCAGUCGCCAGACGCCCGCGUCAAUCCCGAGAAGCCCUUCACUGCGUACUACCGCGUCAUGUUUGGCACCAUCCCGAUCCCGCCUGGGAUGGGCGUUGGGGAGAACCACGACUGUCACGGCGCAAAGUACUCGACCAUGCUGAUCACCGGCAGCCAGGGGCGCGCGUGGUUCUUCCUCUACGAGGAGCUGGACACGCCGACGCAGGAGCGCGUGCGGUACACCGACGAGGACAUGGAGGACCUCGCGGCGAGGUGCAAGGACAUGCACAUCAGCCAGGAGCUGACCUUUGGCGACAUCUGGCCGACGGUCGUCAAGGCCGGCAUGACCAACCUCGACGAGGGCAUGCUGGAGCACUGGAGCGGGGAUCGCAUCGUGGUGGCAGGGGACGCAGCACACAAAAUCACACCCAACAUCGGAUGGGGUUACUUUGCAGGCGUGCAAGACGUUAUCGCGCUCACCAACCUGCUGCAAGCGAGCCUGUCGCAGCGCGAGGAGGGCACCCUCACCGGUGAGGAGCUGGCCAAGAUCUUCACGCAAUACGAGGCCACCAGGAAGCCCGAGAUGGCGACGGUGCUGAACCUGUCUGCGUCGGCGACCCGUCAAUCGGCGUGGCCCAGGACGUGGAGCGGGCUGUUCUACCGGUUCAUGGAGUGGGUGUCGACGGUGCCCGGGUUCGAGUACUUCACCAUCAAGUACAUUGCCUCGCCGGUGCAGAGCAACGCGCUGGUCCUGAAUUUCCUGUCCUGCGAGGAGCCGUAUCACGGGCUGGUGCCGUGGAAGUACCCGACGACGAGGGCGUAG